AUGGUAAUACCAGUGACCUGGAAGUUCUGGACCUGGGUAUUUGCUUUGGUGCCAAAUAUAAGCGCUCGAAUGCCUUUGCCACGAGAAGGAAGUACAGACAACACGGCAGAUUAUACACUUCAGGCGAUCAACGCAGUGCUGAAACCUGAAACACAUGCUUUCUGUUCCUUCCUCCUAUUCAGAGAUCCGUUUACAGCCUCUGACUUCUCUCUGGAUGUGACGCUUUUGUCCAAGCAAUGGAGUGUAGGGGUGUUUGCAGUGACGACCGGGGGUGAUAAUGCAACCGUGGAUAUGUCCUGGCUAAUUGCUGAAGCUCGGAAGGUGCGUAAUUCGUCUUACUGUACUAGGGUGGUCGUACUGAGCGACGACCCCGCCUUCCUGGCCUCGUUCGCCGAGUCGUCGCUCCGGGGCCGCCUCCUGGUGUGGGCCACGAGGCUCCUGGUCGUCACCCGCCUGCCCCUCCACGAGCUCCGGCGGCUUCUCUCCUCCUCCUGGACCUUCUCCAUGAUGAACGCUAUGGCGCUCUUGAUAGAUGACGGUUCAGGAUACCAAAGUUAUCGUGUUUACACCCAUUUGCCGUACAGUCCAGCUGGAGCGCGGGUGGUUCGCGUGGCUUCGUGGUCUUCUGCAAGAGGCUUGACCCUCGCCAGCCGCCACCAGCUUUUCCCGCAGAAGUUCACGAACUUCCACGGCGCCACAGUGAACAUCACUGCUCUACCUUACCGACCUUACUGGACCGAGAAGACAACAGUGGCACCCAAUGGCACUGCUGUCACGACGUACACGGGAUCGGACGCCCUCAUGAUGCACGUUAUGGCACAGACGCUCAACUUCAAGUUCAAAGUUCUUCCCUCUGCGGAUUGGAACGAGCGCCAGAAGGUCUACGAUUUCUCCUACAAUUACGAGUACAUUACCUCAGCCUUCAGUUUGGCCAAGCCGUCGCUCCGUCCCAAAUGGCAGGGCUUGUACUAUCCUCUGAGUGAUGAAGUGUGGCUCUGUAUCUUACUUGUACUUCUUUUGACUCCAUUUUUCGCUGUGCUGGCGACCUACAACAGUGAAGGUGAAACAGACAUCAAGACAAUGAGCCUCAGGUUGAUCGGGUCCCUGUUGGGGCAGGGCAUGGCGUCGAGGCGCGGAGAGAGCGCCGGGAGCCGCGUCUUCGUGGCCUCUUGGCUCGUCUUCGCCUUCAUCGUGGGGACGGCCUACCGGGGCAACCUCACCGCCGCCCUCACGCUGCCUAAGUACCCGCCACGGGUCGAAACCAUUGCUGAGCUCGUUGAGACGGUGGACAGGAUUACGCUGCCACCUUAUGGGGUGGACUUCCGAGCAUUCUUUAUGCAGUCGGAGUGGGAGAUUUACCAAGCUCUCGCCUCCAAGAUGGAAAUCGUGCCAGAUAUUCUCUCUGGCCUAAAGCAGAUCACCAACAAGGCUCCUUUACACGAUCAGUCUCCAGCUAUGGUGUUCGGCUACACUACGGGUUUUGCUGAGGUGUGGGGUCGAAGUAUGGUGUUAAGCACCAUUGAGCGGGACUGGGUCUCCAUCGACACUAGUCGGUGUGUGGUGUUCUGA